GUAAAAGAAAACAAAGUCGAUCGGUCCCAGUCAGCUGCUGCCCACCAAACUGAAAUAUUUUAAAACUGAAAAUCAAACCAAUUUUGGCAAAGUAAUUUUGCAACAAAAAGAAUGAAGAAUUAGAUAAGACGUUAACAUUUUACAUACAUAAGAUAUGCCCCCUAGCUCAUGUUGUUCCUGUUCCGUUCCCAUAAUUUCUGGGGAGCUUGCUAAAAAUGAAAUUUGUGUUCCGACCGAUAAUCUAAACUUUGAAAUUGUCCCUGACGAGGAAGGUGCAGAAUUUGAAACAGUUAAAAUUGUAACCAUACUAAAAACUAUAUUUUCACUGACUUCCGUGAACUUUGAAACUUUCAUGUGUCACGAUUGUGCAGAGUGUGUGCAAAAAUUGUACCUUAUUUAUAAGGAAUUUGAGAAGCUUAUCCAACACCACAGUUCUCUAGGCCGUGCUUUAAUGGAAGCACGUAAAAGACGUGACCUUGACGUCGCCACAGCGAAGGAAGAAAUUAAUAUUUGCAAAAUUGAAAACAUUAUUGACGACGGAGGCCAUGAUGACUCCGAUGAAAGUUUGGAAGUACCAAUUAAACAAGAAUUUCAAUCAUGGGAUGAAUUUGGAGUUAAUUGUUAUGCCGGUAUUAAACCAGACUUGAAGAUAGAAAACUCCAGCAGUCAAAGCGAAGAACAAAGUUUUAGUGGGGACGAACAUGACGAUGAUGACCACACCCACGAAGAGGAAGAAAUUGCACAACCAAUCAGCCAAUUCUCUCCCAGGAAAGUGUGCCCCAUUUGUUCGAAAAGUUAUGCUAACCCGUCGCACUUGCAGCGACAUUGGGACAACGUGCAUCCGACCCACACCUUCCCUGCUGAACCACCUCCCCCAUACAAAUGUGAAUAUCCAAACUGCUCUAAAAGUUACGUUCGGCGACACGAUUUUGACCUUCACUCCAAACGACAUGACUCCGACAAGGGAACCGACAUCCGCUGUCCCACCUGCUCAAAAACGUUCCGGUUUGCCAGCUCCCUCUCAAGACAUAUCAGUCUAACGCAUAAAUCCCUCGUCACCAAGUAUCGCUGUCCAGAGGAUUCUUGUUCUCGAACCUUUGCACGGAAAGAUCAACUCGUUACGCAUCACAACACGAAGCACGCGACCUCCUCCGCGAUAAAAUUGGUGCAUUCAGACCUCUCAAAUUUGGAAAAAGAGCUACCGAACGGAAGUGAGGAUCUGAAAAGUAAAAUAUUUUUACGGAAUGUCCCCCCAACCGUGAGGACAGGACCGACUGGGAGGAAAAAGGCGAGAAAUUGCGUCCUUUGCGGAAAAUCUGUUACAAAUAUGGGUGCACAUCUGAAAACACAUAAGGACCCAGAAGACCGGGUUCGACACCCGUGUGACAUUUGUGGCUCCACUUUCGCCACCCGGUCCGGCCUGACAGAUCAUGUCGAAAGCCUGCAUAAAGACGUUGUCCCACAUUUGUGCCACCACUGCGGAAAGAGUUUUAAAAGGCGAAGAGAUUUAGGGGCACAUGUCAAGUUGCAUGAGGGCGUCGGAGUGGAGAAACAGUUUGGAUGUGACCUUUGUGGGAAAAUGUUUAGCAGGAAGAGCAACCUUAAAGCGCAUGGGGUGCAAGUGCAUAAAAUAUUGCAAGUGGGGGAGCCAAAUGGAGGAGUAGAAUAAUCAGUCAGGAUGUGAAUUUUAUAAUUGAAAUUGUACAAUUUAUAACUUUUUCAGAAAUAAAUUUUUGUCUCUCAAUGCAUGGUAA